AUGGUGCUGAAUGUCUCAGUGGAAGUAAAACACACUCCCGGAGUCAGGGACCAAAGAGGGGUCAACUUUGGUAGUGAUGGUCGAUGCGGGGUGUCGUCAGAACAGGAUAUGGAAUCGGUCACCCAAGGGGACAUGGAGUUGGAGUUGGAGACUGAGACCAAAGGCCCAGAGUGGCCUCUCCAGAAGCCACAAAAGCCUUAUAGUAAAGCUACAGACCUAGAGCUGGUCACUGACUAUGCAGGAGAGAAGGAGAUCCAGGGUUCCAAUUUGGAGAUGACCAGGUCCAUCACUGGAGACAGACUAUCUGGGAGCAGAAAUCUGAACAGGCAGGAGAAGGAACUCGCAAAAGUCACAAUCAAGAAGGAAGAUUUGGAGCCGAUAUUGACAGAGAAGGAGACUUCUCAGGCAGCAGCAAAAACGAGUUUGCAGAAACACACGGGCAACAUGGUAGAGGCUUUUAUUGCCCUAACCAACUGA